CGGCAGGAGGGGAGCAGCAGUAGGCGCCGCGCACCAUGGGCUUGGUGGUGCUGGCGGCGGCGGCGGCGGCGCUACUGGCGGUGUCCGGAGCCGGCCUGCCUCCUUGCUCGCUGGACAGCCCGGGCAGCGACGGGCGGCUCUGCGCGGAAACCGGCCCGGCGGCUUUGGAGCUGCUGCGCGGCCGGGGCGCCUCGGAGCGGCCGCGGGAUGCGGGCUGGGCCGGGGGUCGUCGUCGGGCCAAGCGAGGCUUCACCUACCCGGGGACCCUCUGGUGCGGCGCCGGAGACAUGGCGGAGGAUUACGAGCAGCUGGGAGAACACCAGGAGACGGACAGGUGUUGCCGGGAACACGACCAUUGCCAGCACCUCAUCCAUCCCUUCACCUACAAGUACGGCCACCGUAACCUGCGCUGGCACACCAUCAGCCACUGCGACUGCGACAGGAGGCUGAAAGACUGUCUGAGCGCCGUGAACAGCACCGCUUCCCGCGUGGUGGGACAGGCCUUCUUCAACAUCAUCCAGGUGCCGUGUUUUGAGCUGGUCUACCAGGAAGCCUGCGUGGAAUCUUACCUCUAUGUCUGGUGCAGGAACUACAGCCGGACGGCCGUGGCGGUUCUGAAGGAGCCGGUGAUGUUUGACUACGGAGGAGAGCGCAUCGACGUCCCCGCCACCCGCCGGCCCCAACCGGCCUCUUCCACCACCACCACUCCGCCCCCCCAGACCCCCUCCCGACCCUGGGGGACCCCUCUUCCCCCUCCCCCCUGGCAGCCCAGCCGGGCCAGGGGGAGCCCCUCGCCCCCCAGGCUUCGGAAGGGCAAAGGGAAGCAGGGAGGCCGAGGCCAGCAGGGGAAGGGGGCGAAGAAGCGGAGGAGGAAAAAAGGCCCCUGGGACCGGGUGCGAACCCCGCUCGCCCCCCAGCACCCCCCCACUGGGGAGGGACACCCCCCCAAGCAGCUGGCUGUGCGGGGACUGGGGAAGGGGGGCGCCCAGGCCCCCCCCACGGGGCAGGGGGACUCUUUCAAUGCCAUCUUGAGCGACGAGCCUGGCCGAGGGGGGAGCCAGCCGGAUGCUGCUGCUGCUGCUGCUGGUGGUCUGCCUGAGAGCAUGCAGACGGUCCCGCCAAAGGGCCAGCCCACCACCAGCCCAUCCGGGGUGAGGAAGACGAAGAGGGGGAGGAGGAAGAGGAGGGGGAAGCUGCAGAAGGAGGAGGAAAGCUCGCCACGACGCCAGAAGCUCUCCAUGCCUGGCAGAGACUUGGAGGAGGGAGGGGGGGCAGCGUAAAGGAGGAGCAAAGCGCCCCCCC